CAUUCUUACUAUCCUCGAUUAAAGUUUGGAUGCGUGUCUCUAAUUCUGAGAUUCUCUCUGUCAGCCUGACUAUUUCCCUACAUUUAUGACAUGUAAAUCCCUCGUCGCUGACAGAGAGAGCUACACUGAACAUGUGACAGACUGAACACGAGAUAACAGUGGGAAAGGAUGACAUGACUCACCGUGUUUGUAGACUGAUCCGAGUUAAACCGAGACAAUACCUUAACACGACUUCGAAAACCAAAACGAAUGGUCCCUGCUGUGGACGAAGACCUACCUGGACCAUCAAGAAAGUGCGCCAAAACCGAUAGCUAUGGCUGUAUCAACUGGCAGCCAUCACAGCUACCUGAAGGAGAAAACCGAGAGUCUCUCUAUGAGAAGAAAAAAGAGCUAUUGGCUAUUUAUUCCAAGGAGGGACAAGGGGCGCAAACCAGAAGCGAGUCAAUGACCUCAUGACGUUACUCUAUGAGCAACAGCGUCGUGACAUUAAUGCAACUCCUUCACCAAGCAUUUCAGAUUUACAAAAAGAGUGGCCAUUCCUCUUCAUGCAGAAGAUUUUACUACAGCACUUCUGUACAUUGACAGGAAUUGAGCUUGAAUCAAGACUACAAGAAUCACUUGCUGGCAAGGGGAAAAGAGUGCUACAUUAUUUCAAAAGUCAACUUUGGAAAUGGAAAAGGGAAGUAAAGGCAGUCCUUCAUGGCAUUGAGAGACAGAUGGAAGACAUGGAUCCUGGACUUGGUGCAAUAGAAGUCAUGAUUGCUAACUUCAAAGAAAAGGAAGAAGCUCUUUUCCUCUUGGCUGACGAAACUUCCACCCAAGCAGACGUUGAGGCCCAGAUGUCCCUACCAAGUGCUCCAAGGCUCAUCAUGCUCGGAGAGUCCAUUCUGGGAGCAAAAAAAUGGAUGCUUUCCAUUGAUGGCAGAGUUGUCCUCCAACUGAAUGACCGUUCUGAUUUCACUCAUGCUCUGGCUGUUUUUUUUGCAUCAUACUAUGUAUUCAACAUGGAAUAUCCGGAAGAAGCAGCCACUACACUGGAAUUUAUCCAGAGAUUUUUCGUCAGAAUAAAUCCAGAACACAGUAAGUGCACUUCGAAGGUCCAGGUUAGCAAAAAGACUGGAAAGGUGGUCCAGCGCAAAAAUGAGUCCCUCAGUCCCCAUGUUGCAUCAUUCAUUAGAGACUUCAUUGAGUAUGACUGGAAGCACUAAUAUCUGGGAAGAAGACUCCAGGAAGUUGACCAUUUCAGGUCCAGUUGUAGAAGAUAAAUACAGUUUUGGAAGAAAAAUUUUAAGUUCUACAGUUUUUUUUUUUUUUUUUUUACAUUUCCUUAAAACUUGAACAGGAUGGAUUUGCAUGUUUGGAAAUUUGUUGUUUAAAAAAAAAUGAAAUGUUUACAGAAAAACAUUUUCCUAUUGCAAAAUACUAAUUCUAUGUUUAUGCUAUGGUUUUUAUUUUAUAUAUUUUCUCAUUUUGAAUGUUAAAAGUUGUCAAUAAAUGGCAUUUUUUGAGACAAAAAUUAAUGCAGUAAUACAUUUUACAGUAGUCAAAUAUUUGUGGUGAUAACAUUUACAGCAUCCUACUAUCCUAUUACUGUAAACACAUACAGGAUUUGUAAGGUUACUGUGAUUAAAUUUACAGUAAGUAUACUGUGGAAUGGACUACAGCAACUUACUUGCUAAUUGCUGCCAGCAAGUUACUGUGAUUAAAACAUCAUUUUAGAACUUACUGUGAUUACAUUUACAGUAUGCAUACUGUGGAAUGUUCUACAGCAACUUACUUGCCAACUGCUGCCAGCAAGUUGCUGUGAAUAAAUUUACAGUAGUACUGUACUGUGAUUGCUACUGUAAAAUAAAAUACAGUACUUUUUAUUUUAAUGUGAUUGCAUUUACAGCAAUCGCACUGUGAAAUGGACUACAGCAACUUACUUGCCAAUUGCUGCCAGCAAGUUGCUGUGAAUACAUUUACAGUAGUACUGUACUGUGAUUGCUACUGUAAAAUAAGAUACAGUACUUUUUAUUUGAAUGUGAUUGCAUUUACAGUAAUCGAACUGUCAAAUGGACUACAGCAACUUACUUGCUAAUUGCUGCCAGCAAGUUACCGUGCAUUUUACAGUGUUCUUCUUACAGUGCACUUUGCUGUAGAGCAUACCAUGAGGUCUCUGAUGGAGAUGAUCCUUUUUAUUAAGAUAUGGAAUUGAUUAUAGGUAAACAUAAAGAAUGAGUUAGGCCCAAUAUCUAACAUGAGGAUGUAAAUAUGUGUUUUAAUGGAGAAGAGUCUCAAAAUUGAGACUCACUAGUGUCCACUAGCAGCCUUUGAUGACCGUACUUGCUGUCUUUGCACAUGGCCAAUUUUCUACAUGACAUAUUUCUGGAGAUUGGCGAAAAUGUUCCAAUAUUUUGAGAAUUUUGUUUACUUAAUGGGACACACUUAACAAGUGCAUGAUUGUGGAGCUUCUUUUGCAAGAUUAGGAGGUAUGCUAAUCUCUGUAGUCUCUGUAAC